AUGAGCACCGAUCAUGUGAACCCAUUUCCCCUAGAAGAGGAGUACCAGAAGAAAACGGGCAUCUCCCCGCAGGACAUUGGCAAGUUGCGGACGUGGCUCGCCACGCAACCGCAUCUGCCGGGCAACCACAUUACAGAUCUAGACUUAGUUCUGACAUACCACUGCUGCAACCGAAGCUUAGGUGUGUCCAAGCAAGUCCUCGAUCUGCACUACACACUGCGGACCCUUUUCACCAACUACUUCAAAGAUCGAACGGUGGAAGAUAUCGAACAAGUCUUGCGCACAUUGCUGCUCACUCCCCUGCCGAUGCGCUGUGACGACGGAUCGGCGAUCCUGUUCACUCACUUCAUGGAUAGUGACCCGACAAAUUUCAAUAUCGGCGAAACUAUAAAAACGGUGCUCAUGAUAAUGGACCUUUGGCAGUACGAAGAAGGCACGUGGCCUGGAUUCGUCAUGGUCGUCGACUUUAACGGAAUGACUCUCGCCCACGUCGCCAGGCUUGACCUGCAGAACAUUCAGCAGUUCUUGUAUUACCUACAGGUAAGAUCGGACAGGAGCACUGAG